AAUUAUAACCCAAGAUGGAAAGCCUGGCAUGGGAACCAGUUCAGCGCUGGUCAAGUUCCCACCCGGACUGUUCCCCAACCCGCCCCUUCUCAGGAAGUGGGGAGGGACUGUUACCACCCACGUGCCGGAAGUUGCCUUUUCCUGAAUACCUGGCUAUUCUGGCGGCUCAGCUUUAUUUACAUCUCCCGAUUCCAAGGUGGCAACAGCAUACUUCUGAUUCAGCCCCUCCACUUAGCUGUAAAAAUGAAUUAAUCAGAACUGCCUGGCAUCUUCCUGAGCAAGACUUUCAAUUGGACCCAGCAUGCUUCAUUUCAUCCAGAAGUUUUCUCAGGCAUCUUCAAAGAUGCUGAAGUACCCUUUCACAUUCCGACUAGGAGCCAGCAGAAUAGAAACACUUUCUCUCAAGACAUGUCUCCAGCAAAACUUUUCCCCUUUGUUGCCAGGGCCUUGGUUUUUCUCAUCAUUUCCAGUGUAUAUGAACAAGACACAAUACUAUCAUACUUCCCCAUGCAGCUUUAAGAAGCAGCAGAAGCAAGAAGUCCUUCCAACCAAGCCACCAGGCACCAUAACUAUCCUGCUUGAAAGCCCAAAGCCACUAUUAUACAUAAUUCUGGCAGGAGUAAUCCCCUUUGUUGCUCCACCACUGGUCAUGGUGAUGGCAAAGACUUAUAUCCCCUUAUUAGCUUUUACUCAGAUGGCUUAUGGAGCCAGUUUCCUAUCUUUCUUGGGAGGGAUCAAAUGGGGUUUUGCUCUGCCAGAAGAUAAUACAGCCAAACCAGACUUCCUCAGUUUAGCUAGUAGUACGCCUCCUCUUCUGUUUUCAUGGUUUGCCUUCCUUAUUUCUGAAAGACUCAGUGAAGCUAUAGUCACAGUAAUAAUAGGUUUGGGGAUAGCAUUACACAUUGAACUUUUUCUCUUGCCACAUUAUCCCAACUGGUUCAAAGUCCUUAAGAUAGUAGUCACUUUAGUGGCUUUGCUUUCAUUUGUAAUCACUUUACUAGUUAAAGAUAUUUACCCAGAGAAAGGACUCAAGAAGCCUGGUCAAGUAGAAUAAAUAUAAAAACUGCUUUGUAGAUAAUGUUAGCAUGUUGGCUACAAGCCUCGUAAAGUUGCGUUUUGGCAUCACCUUUUUCUUCUUCUCUUGUUUAGCUUUUGUUCCCCAUCAGUGGUUAUUUAUUCACAGAUUUUUUUUUUUCAUUUCUAGAAAUCUUUAUUUCCUAGGAAUUACUUGAUAAGAGUUUGAAAAUCCCUAACAAGUCAUUUUCACUUUAGGUUACAUUUUUCAAUGUGUAUGAAUUAUACAUAACGUUUUAAUGUUUUACUUGUUUUGAAAAACGUAAAAUGAAAAAAAAUAUAUAUAAAAUGAUAAAAAUGAAAAUCCUUUUUGCUAGAGCCUUAUGAUCAUUGAAAAAAGACACGCAUAUUCUCCCAUAAGAGGAAAACUCUGUAUCCAUGAGAGUCUGAAAAUAAUAGGUGGUUCCGUUGUGGGGUUGUCAUUGCAAUUGGCCCUGAGAAUUGCAUUUCCAAGCUCAUUUUAUCUGGUAUAAUCUAGUUAUAUGAGCUGAAAGGAUCUGUGGCUCUAAAAGUCAGUAGGGAACAGUAUCAUAAGGGGAAAGCCAUAUUCAAAGAAAAGCUGGACACAUUUUCCAGUUUGUAUCCAAUUUUUAUAGACACAACCCCAUCUUCAAAUAUCAUCAGCUGGUCAAAAAAAUUUUUAAAUAAAGUCACAAGUAUGUAUAAAUUAGGAAAAGUAAAGCUGGAGCCAUCUUGAUGUUCUAUCAAGCAGGGUGAUCUAGUUUUACACAACUCAGAAGCUUUUUU